AAUCAAAAUGAUUGCGUACUUAAAUUAUUUUAGAAAAGAAAAAUCCCUCGGUGUACCUAAAUACUAUUCACUAUGUAAAAAGCUUAAAGGGGAAUCCAAUUACGGCAAACGCAUCCGCCCCACAGCCAACAAUUUCCGACCACCACAAAUAAUGGAGUCUCAAUUUCCUCCCUUUAACCCAACAUCCGUCGCUACCCUCGUCGGAAUUUUUGUGUUCUGUUAUUAUUAUUUACGUCGAAAGUGGCAGGAGCGGAAGCAGGCCCCGUCGCCGCCCGGGGCGUGGCCCAUAAUCGGCCACCUCCACCUCCUCCACAAUGCGAAGCUCCCCCACCACACUCUUGGCGCCAUGGCCGACAAAUAUGGUCCGAUCUUCCGCCUACAGCUCGGCUGCCGCUCGGCUCUUGUGGUCAGCAACUGGGAGAUGGCCAAAGAAAGCAUGUGCAUCAACGACGCCGCCGCCGUCUCCCGCCCGGGCAUCUCCGGCACCAAACAUUUCUCCUACGACUACGCCGCCUUCGGCCUGGCUCCCUACAGCCCUUACUGGCGGGAGAUGCGUAAGAUUACCCACUUGGAGCUCCUCUCCAACUCACGCGUUGACCAGGUCAAGAACCUCAUGUUUGCUCAGAUCGACAUGUCGUUGGCGGAGCUGCACGCGGGAUCGGCCCAGAUUCCCGUGGAGAUGAAGCGGUGGUUUGGGGAUGUGAUUGUGAACAUGCUGCUUAAGAUCAUCAUUGGAAAACGAUGUGUAGGCCCGAACGCCGAGGGGGGUGAGAAGGGAGCCAAGGACUUGCAGAUGGCGAUUAGGGACUCGUUCCAUUUGAUGGGCCAGGGGCUGCUGACGGACUAUAUUCCUCUGAUCGGACGGUUGGGAUUCGAUGGGCAGGUGAAGGUGAUGGAGAGUAUAGCGAAACGAUUCGACGUGAUUAUGAGUGAAUGGCUGGAAGAGCACAAGCGGAAGCGAGAUUAUGGUUUGGGUCAAAACCAAGAUGGAGAUUUUAUGGACUCUCUCAUUUCGUUACUCGAUGGCAAGGGGAUUCAGGGUUACUAUGAUGCUGACACCAUUAUCAAAGCCACAACUUUGAAUAUGAUUGCGGGUGGAACUGAAAGCACCACGGUGACUUUAACGUGGACGAUGACGUUGUUGCUAAACAAUCCACAUACCUUGGAAAUGGCACAACAAGAGCUCGAUGCGGUGGUUGGGCGAGAUAGGCGAGUGAACGAGUCUGACAUUAGCAAGUUACAUUAUUUACAAGCUGUAGUUAAAGAGGCGAUGCGAAUGUAUCCUGCGGGUCCUUUGUUGGGACCUCGCGAGUUCUCUAGUGACUGUGUGGUUGCUGGCUACUUUGUUCCUAGGGGUACUCAGCUGAUCCCAAAUAUUUGGAAGAUUCAAACUGACCCACGAGUGUGGCCGAACCCAUUUGAGUUCAAGCCGGAGCGGUUUCUGACGACACACAAGGAUGUGGAUGCAAAGGGGAAUCAUUUUGAGUUGAUUCCAUUUGGUAGCGGACGAAGAGGGUGUCCUGGAGUUGCCUUUGGGCUUCAAAUGGUGCACUUCACUUUGGCUGGAUUUUUGCAGUCAUUUGAUGUGAAAAGCUCGUCUGCUGACCUGAUUGAUAUGUCGGAGAAUUUUGGAAUGGCAAAUGAGAAAGUGGUUCCUCUAAAUGUAUUGGUCACUUCACGGUUACCUUCUCAUCUACAUGGCUUCAAUUAACUACUUCCAUGUUGACUUGGGUAUAUUUGUGGUGAAUUUGUUUGGUGUCAUUUCCUUUUCUUAUAUGUAUAAUAAAUAUAUGUUUUUGUUGGCCCUAAUCACCGUCAUGUAGAAUAUUAAUAGAAUCGUACCUGUACGGUAGGGAUUCAAACCUUCAACUUAUCAGGAAUGUUAUUGAUGUGUUAUAUCAAAAUUACUACUUUGGUGAAAAAUACGUAAUAAAAAAGUAUUUUGU